GGUGUUUCUCGUGCCCCCUCCCUGAACAGCGGAGACUCCAUUUUGUUUGAUUUCUGCGGUCACAGUCGACAACCUGCACGGAAACACCACCAGGACCACUUAAAGGGAACUGUUACCGGCGACACCAACAAUGAGUGGAUGUCGUAUCUUCAUCGGCCGUCUGAGCCCCUCGGCCAGAGAGAAGGAUGUGGAGAGGUUCUUCAAAGGAUACGGCCGCAUCCGAGACAUCGACCUCAAGAGAGGUUUCGGCUUUGUGGAGUUUGACGACCCCAGAGAUGCUGAAGAUGCUGUUUAUGAGCUCGAUGGCAAAGAGUUGUGCAAUGAAAGGGUGACCAUUGAGCAUGCCCGUGUACGUCUGCGAGGCGGCCGUGGCAGAGGAGGCGGCGGUGCAGGAGGACGUUUCUCUGAUCGAUAUGGCCGAGGCUCCCAGAACAGUCGGAGCCGAAACCCUCCUCCAAUGCGCACUGAGAACCGCCUGAUCGUGGAGAACUUGUCCUCCCGUGUCAGCUGGCAGCCUGACUGUUGAGUCAUGUGGAAGAGCUCGCUUAUGGUGGAGUUAACCCCUUCUGGGUCCUUCUGUCUGGGUUGAGCCUGUGGUGUCAGCCAGUCUGUCCUACUCCUAGUUGACGCCUGCUGGUCAUGUGAGCGCUCGCUCCACACUAGAGGCGCUGGCGGCCCCUUCACUCGCUCGCAACGCCCCCUGUCGAAGGCAGGGGGGCGCCUGGUGUGUGGCUGAGAGCGAGAGAGAGGAAACAGAGAGUUGGCAGAGAGAAAGGAGAGGAAAGAGCGAGAGUCGAUGGUGAUGGUGGUGGCGUAUUGAUCGAAGGUUCGUUUAUUUGAGGGGCUUCGGUCGAUCGAUAUCCCCCCCUCCCUUCCCCCCUCUGGUGUUCCCGCACAUCGCGAGCGAGAGAGAGAGUGUGAAUUCCUCCCAGGUGUCCAUGGAUAUAAUCUGCUGUUAUCCCGAGGUUAUGGUGGGCUCGGAGAGCCUGCGGCCCACCA